UUUUAUCUGUGCAAAAUGAUGCGAUCUGGAUGUAUAACAAUUUUUGCCUUGACUUAUUAUGUAGAUUAUCGGUGUUAUCGUGGAUUCAAAUUCUAUUUUGAAUUUGGGACAUCAUACUUUUUUGGAUAUCUGCUGUUAGAUACGUUGAGUUUGUGUGAAGAAGGAGCAUCAUCUCAAAUUUUAUACAAGAUGAAAAAUUUCAUAUUUUUCGGAAUAUGCUUUUUAUUAGUCGUCAGUUUUAUAUCGCAAGUAGAAUCAGAUUCCAUAUGCACCAGCAAUUGCGACAAUGGUUGCAAUUCUGACUGUUCUUCAGGGUGCAAUUCCGAUUGUUCAACUGGAUGUAAGACUAACUGCCAGACACCAUGCAGAAGAAAAUGCAAAACCGCAGAUUGUCGCAGCAAAUGCGAUGUGAAGGAACCCGAAGAGCCAGAAGUGCAGAAAACAAAAGAGACCAUCGUCAUGCCGUCGACGGAUGCAGGAAGCAAAACAAGUAAUGUCAACGAUAUAAAAAACGACUACAGCGUUGAUAUCAAUCCAAACAUCACUCUGACCAAUUCAAUUUCCAAUAUGAACAAAAUUGAUGUUCCUAUAAACGUAACAUCAGUUAAUGUGAAUAAUAUACGCGUCAGUUCAUCAGAUUCCAGGAGCUCGCAAACAAAUAUAACAACUGGUGGGGGUAGUGGGUGUUCAGGAAAAAAUCCACCUCCAAAUUGCAUAAGGAACCAGAAGCAGAUAGUUAUCAUCCCGUAUCCUCAGAGGCCCCCACCACAGAUAGUGACACCUCCUCCACAACCUAGGUUUAUUGUCCAACCCAUUGUUCGAGAACCCAUCAUAGUUCAAGCUCCCCAAACUCCCUCACCACCCCCUCAAAGAAUUCCAAUCAUAGUUCCAACUCCCAUAAUACAGCAAAAUCCUGUACCUGUUCAGCCACAACCGACCAUUGUUCAGCCCAUGCCUCAGUACUACUGGUUUUCACAACAGUAUAUUCGGCAACCACAACAAACAAUAAUCACUCCUCAGCAACAGGUGACUUACUCAGCUCAGUCCCUACCCUGUGGAGCACCAGGAGGUCAAUGUGGUUCUUAUUGCUUGAAUCAACCGUGUUCAACUCAAAACCAGCAGAUUAUUCCAAUGAACUAUCCUAUUCCCACAGCACCUUGCCAAAGUGGAGGCUGUGGUAGUAGAAUGAUGUAUGCCAUCACGAGCCCUUACAUUUCUUCGAAUCAAGCUUCCCAGUACAUCGGAAUUGAUCCGUUUUAUUCAAGAAAUGGUAUACCUCAAUUUGAUCAGAUCAGUUCUACUAAUGGGCUUUCCCAAAAUAGAGCAUUGUAUAAUUCAAGAAAUGUACUAAGGCAAAAUAAUAAUAUGAACAGUCCUUUUGUGAAUCAAAUACCUGUAGGAGUUGAUUCUUACUUCAUUCCAGACCAAUUUUCAAGAUACCAAAUACAGGGUGGAAAUUCUACAGAAUUCCAGAGAAAAUCUGAUUAAUACACUUUAUAAUAUAAUUGAUCAUAAAAUAAAGCUAUUUAUGGGU